UCCCAAUGCUUCAAUAGUCUCUCUCUCGUAUCAUUACCAAAUGGCUUCUCUUACUGCCAAUGCUUCUUUCCUUCUCCUCCUCCUCUGCUGCACCCUCCUCAAUGCCUUCCAAGCCGCUGCAUAUUCCUCCACCCCAGCCCCGGCUCCCACUCACCACAACGCCCACCACCCUGUAGCUGCCCCAACUCCAAGCUUCCACCACCGCGGACACCACCACCACCACCACUCCCCGACCCAGUCUCCGACUUCCCACCACCAUCCUCAUUCCCCUUCCCCUGCUCCUUCCCCUGUUUACCCACUUCACCCUCCGGCUCACUACGCCCCUGUUCCCUCACCCGCUCAUUCACCUAAACCGUCCACCAACAUCCCAAGAAGCUUCGUUCAAGUCCAAGGCGUUGUUUAUUGCAAGUCUUGCAAGUACCCCGACGUCGAUACUCUUCUCGGAGCUAAACCACUUUCCGGCGCUACAGUGAAGUUGUCAUGCAAGAACACCAAGUACGCUCCGGCGGUGGAAACAGCCACCAGCGACGAGAAUGGGUACUUCCGGCUAGCGGCGCCGAAGAAUGUGACGAGCUACGCAUUCCACCGAUGCAAGGUGUAUUUAGUGAAGUCGCCGGAUAGCAAAUGCGAAAAAGCGUCGAAAAUGAACGGGGGAGUGGAUGGAGCGGAGUUAAAGCCGGCGAGAGCAUUCACGGACGAGGAGAAGAAGCCGGUUGUGCUUUACAACGUUGGGCCAUUGGCAUUUGAACCCACCUGUAGUCGUUGAAGUGAAAGUGGGGGAGAGGAGAGGGGUAGUUAAGUAAUAUUUUGGGGGUUUUGUAUUGGUAAUGACUAUGAUAUAUGGCUUUGGAUUCCUGCACCUUUUCUAGGGUAUUGUGACAUUGUUGUUUUUAUGAUAUCCUUUAUAUGGACUCGAGUUUCUAUUUUAUUUCCUA